CGCGUUACAGCAUUUAUAAUUUAUUCUUUUCAUUGUUUUUAUUUUUUUUUAUAUUUUCUGUGAGAUAACAUAAGUUUUUUCCACAAAUUUUAAUCACUACAGCCAUGUCCAACACACUAAAAUCUAAAUGCAAGCAAUGUUUUAAGCCUAUUCAUUCCUUAAGAAAUAAAAUAGGGAUCUGUCAAGGUUGUAAGAAAAUGCUAGGGGAGAAACAGCAAACCUUCAAUUUUGAAGAAGGCUCUGAGCAAGCUUUAGGUACGCAUGGUCAAACUGUUAGUCAAAGAAAACGAUCACAUCAUUUUGUACAUUCUGUGGACUGUCAACCAUUCAGCUUGGAGGUAUUUAAUGUUGAUAAACGUACAAAGCUUUCAACAACAUUUGCUUUGAUGACAAAUGAUUCUGCUCUUAGUCUUACUUCUUUGGUUGAUUUCCAAAAUAAUAUCACGUCUGGUAUUUUUAACGGAAGGAUUUCUUUCUCAUCAAAUGAUAUGAUCGAACCAGUAUUAAAGAGCAAUGCUUGUAUCACUGCCAAGCUCGAAAUGACUGUACGCGCCUCUGCUGUUCCAAAACUUUUACAGGAGCUAGGGCCACAUCAAGAAAUUGAUGCAACGGUGCUAGAAUUACUAAACUAUGAUUUUCGACUCAGAUCUGAAUUGAUUGGAUUAGUACCAUCAUUAUUCUGCGGUGCGUUACUACACGAUAGCAUUACUUUACUUGUUAUUACAUGUGAAGUGUACAGCCGCUACUCUUCAGUUGAUAUACAUUCCGAGUCAACUGAAUUCUCUAUUCCUGGAGAAUCCUCUGGAUACAAGAAUCGCAUGUCAUGUACUACUUUUGAAAAAUCGGACGGUGGUGCUACAAAACUAAAACUUAUUAUUGGCACAAAGACCAUUAACCUAUUAAUUACUUGUUCUGCUCAAAUAUCACCAGAGCCAAAAAUCAACAUUGGGCCAGGUGUAGAGUUUGGUCAUGGCUCAAUUACAGACUCAAACUGUAAAAUCUAUUUGAUGAAAUCGAAAGUUGAAGAAUUUUUGAAAAAGUUUGAGAUUUACAAAUUAAAUCCUUCACAUAUCAAUAUAUCAAGUCUGAGACAAGUGACAUCGAGCUUCAGUAAAUGCUCAUCAUAUUUACUAUGGAGAUCUACGUUGCAAGUAUUUGACAGUAGUAUUUACUCGCCAGCAACAGUAUUCACUCUUUGUGAUUUACCGCAUAAAGAUGGAUAUGGUGUUGGAUCAACAUCUGGUGCUAAACUUGGCUCUCAUAUACUACAAAUAUUUGCUAAAGCAAUAUUAGUCAACAAAGGUAUCAUUCAACUCAGUGAUUUCCAGAAUGUUUUAUUAGAGUAUGGGGAUAUAAUGAAACAAAAAUGUGAUGUUAAAGAGUGGUUUUCAAUUAUUAAAAUAAUGGAUGAAAUAAAUGCAAGUCUAAAUUCUGGUGAAUUGAACGUAAUUUCCUUCUGCAAUAAUAAUAGUGGAUUAGUCAGUGAAAUCGCAAAAAAAUUAAGCAGUUCAAUUUCCACAGCAAAUGCUAUGAUUGCAAAAAAUGUGAAGAAGAAGUUAUUACAAUUAUACCAGUAGUUAAACAUAUUUCAAGGAAAUUGUAUAAUACCCUCAUUCUAUCAUCAUAUUCACAUUAUCGAAUAUAUAUUAUAUUUAUUAAUAAAAAAAAUAACAGGGUUACUCUAUUGCAGUUGUUAUAACUUAUCUCCAUUGAGCCUUUGACUGAAGGACAAACCACAAUGCCGC